GAAGGGGCAGUGGUGAGUCCGGCGGCGCUCGGGCUUGUCUCCCGGUCACUGCGGCUCCGUCUAUUUGCUGAAAUGGCGAAGUUUGGCGAUUUAAAAACCUUUCUCGAAUCAUCAUUAAAUGAAAUCUUCCGUGCGACCGUCAGUGACAUUCUGGAUUCAGUAGAGCAGACUGUCGGCGAGUAUCAGCGUAAAAUUCAGCGAAUUGAGUCCGAAAAUGAAGAUCUGAGAAAACGACUGUGUGCAAAAGAAAAAAGGACAAAUUAUAUCAAAACUGAAGAUGAAGACUGUAUUGUGGCUCAGCUUGAGUCUUCAAGAGACAAUUUCAGCCAGACUUCAUCUGCUUGUAUGAAUGAAUACAAUGAUCAGACGAAGAUGGCUGGAGAUUUACCGUGCAGCCGUACAAAAUCGCAAACCACAGACGUCCAGUCGAUCCAACUAAACAAAGAUUGUGCAACAACAUAUUUAUUCGUAAAGGCUGACCCAGACAUGGAGGAUGGAUGUGCUGUUGACCUUUCAAAUCCUCAUGCUUCUACUAAAUACUCCAGUAAAGAAAUAAAAAUAGAGGAUACCAAAGAGAACUUUGACUCUGAACACCACGCUUUAUUUAAACAUCCUUUAGAGCCAGAGAUCAACUCUAAUGACUGUGAUGUUAAAGUAACGGUAGUGUCAGACACACACCUUUAUAAUGUUGAUGAAGGUGAGUGCAGCAGACGUGCAGAGUUGGAGGAGGAAGCGCGGGAGUCACCGGAGCCCGAUAUCAUCUCUGAUGAAGAGUCUAAUCCAGACAAUGAGGGAUUUUCUGGAUUGUUGCAUAUGACGGCGUCGUCGCCAAACUCACAAGAGCUGAGACCAAAUUAUUCCUGUGGUCAAUUUAACAAGAGCUCCAAGCAUGAAGCAUCGCUCGGCAUCCAGUUGAGAUCUCAAAGCUCUGAGAAGACGCAUAUCUGCGGCCAGUGCGGGAAGGGGUUUGACCGAGCCGAUCUCCUGAAGAACCACCAGCGCACGCACACCGGAGAAAGACCGUUCAUCUGUAACCUGUGCGGGAAGAGCUACGGCCAUCAGGGCCAGCUACGCAUCCACAAAAGGAUCCACACAGGCGAGAGGCCGUACUGCUGCCUGCACUGCGGCAAACGAUUCAACGAACACAACCAGCUUAAAGUCCACCUACGGACCCAUACGGGCGAACGGCCAUACAUCUGCACCGUAUGUAGCAAAACCUUCACCAACGCCGGUAACCUGAGGAGCCACCAGAGAGUACACACCGGAGAGAAGCCAUAUGCCUGCGGCCAUUGUGGGAAGAGGUUUAACGGUAUGGGCGACCUUAAAACACACUACCGCAUCCACACGGGUGAAAAGCCUUACCGCUGCGAGCUGUGCACCAAGACCUUCAGCCAGGCCGGGCAUCUGACCAUCCACAAGCGCAUGCACACCGGUGAGAGGCCGUACGGCUGUGGUGAGUGCGGGAAGCGCUUCACGGUGGCCAGUAGCCUGAAACUGCACCAGUUAACACACACCGGAGAGAAACUGCACACCUGCUCGCACUGCGAUAAGAGCUUCAGCCGGGCUGGACACCUCAAGAGACACGAGCUGGUCCACUCCAAAGAGAAGCUGUAUUGCUGCACGCAUUGCGACAGGAAAUACAGUGACCAGUCUUCUCUGAAGAAACACCAGAAACUGCACAUGACGGCCGAGAAUGAAGGUGACCAGAGCGCAGCUGCUGCGCUGGUCUCAGAGUAACACUGACCAGACCGUAACAUGUUCCUGCAUCUUCAUUCAUCUUUCCUCAUCGUGUUCCUCAGUAUCGCUUCUUACAAUAAACAUGUUGAAUCUG